AUGGUUAUGGCGUUUAAGGGGAUUCUCAAGCUUGGAGGGCUCCAACUAAACCUCGACUUUCACUGCAACGCCGAAGUGCCCAAAAAUCUUUGGGGUCAGUAUGAUUCGAGGACAGACCCGGCUCUGGCUAUCAAUACUGUAGCAUCACUCCUAAACGCACUCAAAGCCGCAGGGAGCGUCCCGCUCGUCAUGGGCUUGAGUUUCCAGCCCCCAUUACCAUCAUGGUCAAAGGACAAGAUGCCCAAAUUCAACAUUGUGACAGAUAUGUUGCAGAGGGUCAAUGAGGUUGGCUACGGCUUCAAAUGGGUAGACGACAAGGUGAGCGAGGCUUGGAACCCUGUGAAACGAGGAGAUGCCUACAAGAAACGAGUGGAAGAGGGUGACAGAUGCAUGGGAUGA